GGCCCCAGCCUCAGUUGGCUGAGCAGAAGAGGCGUUAUCGUCAUUUAUUGUCAAACCACCAAAACAACAAAAGCAAGGAAAGGUGUCUCGGGAGUCUUUGCUCCCUCAAGUUCUGACACAUAAUUAUCAAUUGAAGAAAUACAAAUCAAGUAGUAACCAUUUCUAACCAAUUGCAGUUAUUGCAUGACUGUGGAGUUGAUCUACAUUGUAUGCAGCUUGAUCCCGUCAACAAUCCAAUUCUUCAGAUUCCCAUAUUAUCCUCAGACUCCAGAUCCCUUCAAUCUCAAUUCUCCACCUCCAAUUCUCCACUAUCACCAUCAUUAUAUCCCAAGAUGUCUUCAUGUUUUGGCUCGAGAAAGUCAAAAGGUGAUGACACUCGUCCAUUACUGCCUCAAUAUGAGGAUGAUACUUCAUUACAGAGAACGGUGCAUCAGAAAUUGCACACGUAUCAGAUGAUUAGAGCUUUAUCCAAGGGAUUCAUGCCAUCUACUGAACAAGCUAUAAUCAAUAUAAGAACUUUACUGGCAUCAGAUGUUUUGAACCCGGACAAUCCAGAAUUGACAGAUAGUGGCAGGCGAUUGAUCAAAUUCUCGAAGCAAUGGCUUACGGAGUUCAUUGAAUUGUUACGAAAUAAGAAUGACGGAGAUCAGAUUCAAGACUUUAUAUGGUUUUUGAUACACUCAAGAAUCUCUGUCAAUACAUCAGAUCUUAUCGAAAGAGCCACAAGCACAAGAGCAAAGGCAGAUGCCUCAGCUGCAUAUGCAAGUAUCAAAACUGUCGGUAGUCUUCUAUUGACAAACUCCGAUUUUCGGAUAUUCCUCUCAGACCUCAAUACCAUUGGUCGACAGGUCUUUGCAGAUACAGCGAAGACGGUAUCAGAUGUUGCAGACGAUGCUGCGAAUAAAAUCGAGCCUUCGAAUGUCGAAAAUGAAGCAAUGAAGAAGCCAGGAGAGGAGCGAAGCGAGCCUAUUCCCAAAGAAGACCUCCAAGCUGAAGCAAGUGAGAUAGGGGAGGUUGUCACGAAUGGCUUGAAAAAGGCAGGUAGACAAGCAGGUGAAAGUUUGAAGGAAAACAUUUCUGGGGAGCAGAGAGAGACUCUACGGUAUCGUUUGAAAGAAGCGGUUACGAAAUUGACAAAACGAAAUGAUUAUUCAGAUUCGGUCGACACAAUUGGUCUUCUCAUUCAAAGAUACGCCAAAGCUUAUUCCAGAGCUGUGGAUGAAUCAAUCAGUGCUGUUCAGGAUGACGUUGAACCAAACCCAGCCCUUGAUCGUGCAGUGAAGAAUGGUUGGUCUUUAAUGAGUUCUUUUGGUGACAAAGAUGCGUGGAAAGAACUUGAGAAGCGAUUCAACAAAGUGAUGGAGCACUCUCAAAAGGAUCCCGAAUUCGAAAACCUCAUGGGAGAAUUGGCAAAAUCAAUUCAACAAAUGCUUUCCGAUCCAGAUUUCUUCGAUGCUGCGGCCAAUAAGGCCGAUGAAUUGAAAGAGAAGACCAAGGAAGUGGGCACCGAGUCACAUCUUCGAAAAGAUAUUGAUAACCUGCUCAAACAAGCACGCACAACAUUUGAUUCGGUAAUGAAUGACCAAGACGUCUCCAAACUGGUUCACACAACGUUGAAAAUAUGGAACAUUCUCAACCCACUCAAUAAAAAUUCUAACACCGAACUCUUCACUGAUUUGUCUACCGUCUUAAUACCCAUGUUCAUCUCUGCCAUCCAAUAUGUACCAAUUCCUCGUCUCGAGAUAUCCGUCCCAGAAAUUGAUCUUCUUCUGGAGAACCUGAUCCUCGAACCCGGUAGAACUAUUAAUCAUACCAGUUUUCUACCUUAUCGACUCAAGAUCCAAACCUAUAAUGAUCUCUCCAUUCAAAAAGCUCGAUUCCGUACUUUUUCAAAGGUUACUUCUAUGGUAACAGUCAAAAUUCAAGGGCUCUCAAUCAGAGCAGAUGAGGUUGGAUUCUGGCUCCGAGCACACAAAAGUUUGUUUUGGCUAGCCGAUGAAGGAAUCGCUUCUUUCGAGCUUGACGACAGAGGUAUUGACAUCGAGUUCGAUGUUGAAAUUGGCCACAACAAACUUGAGAAAAUACUCACUUUGAAAGAUACACGUGUUAAGAUCCAUCAUCUUUCAUACACACUCAGCAAAUCAAAAUUCGCUUGUUUAGCCUGGAUUUUCAAACCUCUCCUUCGCCCUAUCCUCCGCAAAACUCUUGAAUACCAACUAUCCACUGCCUUGGCCGAUUUCUUCCACGCUGCUAAUCGCGAACUCCUCUAUGCACGUGAACGUCUUCGUGCAACGAGAAUAUCCUCGCCAGAUGAUAUUCAAACUUUUAUUAAAGCAAUUAUCACGAGAUUGAAGCCAGAAGAAGAUCCGGAUCUUUAUCUAAAUGUGGGAGUUCAAGGGGGCGCAGAGAGCAAAGGAAAUGUUUUCAAGGGGGUUUAUGCGCCAGGUAGUGUGGUUAAGCUCUGGGAUAGGGAGGGCAGGGAUGCGGGGGAGAUCGUAGAGGCAGAGGCAGAAAACAAUGGUGGUUGGAGAAAUGCAGUAUUUGAUGUUGGAGGGCAGGGACAGGGGGUUAUGGGCUGGUAGGAAGCUAUGUGUGUUAGUACGGAACGGCGGUAUACAUGUCGCAAAGGCAAGUCAAAGCCAAGAAGGAAUCAAAUUGUAAGAUAGAUGAUCGCAGUUCUCAUGUGGAUUUGGGUUUUAGCGAUUAACCUUUCAUUUUUCGCUUUUUUUGUCUUACUGACAUCACACGCAUCAUGGGAUUUAGACAGUGUGGAAAGUACACAAUUGACAUUAGUAUGGUAUGGUGUUAUAGUACCGGGUUAUUUAUUUCAAACAUAAAACAUAAUGAAAGUUAAUUUCAACCAUAUUCCAAGUCUAGCCAAGGGAAUAUAUGAAUGUGGAAAGUGAA